CAGCGAGGGGCACUGACCACAGGGGUGAGCAUGCAAGAACAAAUUAAGUAAAUGGCGUCUUUCAGUAGGAAAAUAUAUCAGCGUUUGCUGUUUUUCACAGUGUUUCUUCCGAUUUCGGGUGUGUUUUGUUUUAGCGAGUUGUUUUUCAUCAAGGAGCCCCGUGAUGUGACUGUAAUGCGGAAGGACCCUGUUAUUUUGGACUGUCAAGCACACGGGGAAGCACCCAUCGCUGUCAGAUGGCUAAAAAACGGAGUAAAAAUCUCAGAGAAUGAACGGGUCUACCUUCUCUCCAAUGGCUCCCUAUAUAUCUCGGAGGUGGAGAACAGGAAAGGAGACAAAUCGGACGAAGGCUGCUACCAAUGUCUUGCUCAGAACAAAUAUGGGGCCAUUUUGAGCCAGAAAGCUUGUCUAACGGUUGCAAGUAUUUCUCCCUUUGUGAUCCAGCCCACGUCUGCGGUGGUGACUGAGGGAUACGUGGCCAGAUUCACAUGCAAGAUCACUGCCAGUCCUCCUCCCAUUAUUACCUGGGAGUUCAACAGAGUCACGCUACCACUGGUCACUGAAAGAAUCACAGUGCUUCCGAACGGAGUGCUGCAGAUCCACGAGGUGGAGAGGGGAGAUGCGGGGAGCUACCGCUGCGUGGCGACCAACAUCGCCAACCGCCGCCGGAGCACAGAGGCCAUGCUUACCGUCAAACCAGCUCCCGGACCCCGCCCCCCACAGAGGCCUGUCAUCAUCGCUGGGCCUCAGAACAUCAGUGCAUCCCUGCAUCAGAGCGCCAUCCUGGAGUGCGUCGCCACCGGCAACCCCAAGCCCCUGAUCUCCUGGAGCCGAGCGGACCAGAAGUCCAUCGAUGUCUUCAACACCAGGGUGCUGGGGAACGGGAACCUGGUCAUCUCGGACGUGAAGCUGCAGCACGCGGGGGUGUAUGUGUGUAGGGCUACCACGCCCGGCACGCGCAACUUCACCAUCGCCACGGCAAACCUCACAGUCCUCGCCCCUCCCUCCCUGGUGGAGUGGCCUGAGAGCCUUACUCGUCCUCGUGCAGGCACGGCGCGUUUCGUCUGUCAGGCCGAGGGCGUACCCCUUCCCCACAUUACCUGGCUGAAAAACGGGGAGGAGGUGCACUCCAAUGGCCGGAUCAAGAUGUACAGCAGCAAACUGGUGAUCAACCAGAUCAUCCCAGAGGACGACGCCAUCUACCAGUGCCUGGCGGAGAACGAGCAGGGCUCGGUGCUGUCCACGGCGCGGCUGAUCGUGGUGAUGUCAGAGGACCGGCCCAGCGCGCCCAGGAACAUCCGUGCGGAGACCGUGUCCAGCUGCGCCAUCCUGCUGGCCUGGGAAAGACCGCUGUACAACUCAGACAAAGUCAUCGCUUACUCUGUCCACUACAUGAAGGCUGAAGGUUUGAACAAUGAAGAAUAUCAGGUUGUUAUUGGCAACGACACCACGCGAUACAUUAUCGAUGACCUGGAGCCAGCGCAUAACUACACGUUUUACAUCGUGGCCUACAUGCCCAUGGGUGCCAGUCGCAUGUCAGACCAUGUGAUUCAGCACACGCUGGAGGAUGUGCCUGUGCGUGCUCCGGAGCUGAGUCUGACCAGCCGCAGCCCCACCGACAUCCUGGUGUCCUGGCAGCCCCUGGCGGCCAAGCUGAGCCGCGGCCGGGUCUCGGCCUACCGGCUGUCCUACCGCACCGCCGCCGACAGCGCCGUCAUCUCUCUGGAGCUGCCGGGGGACCAGGCCCAGCACCUCCUGGAGGACCUGCAGCCCGACACCAUCUACCUCCUGCGCAUCGCCGUGGCCACCCGCGUGGGCUGGGGCGAGCAGUCGGCCUGGACCUCGCACCGCACACCUAAGUCCUCUAGCACCAAAGUGCCCUUGGCCCCGGAGUUGCAGUUGGAGCCUCUGAACUGCACCACCAUCAUAGUGCGCUGGCAGCCCGCGCCAGGCAGUGCUGCCAGCGUCCAGGGCUACCGUCUCUUCUACCACGAGGAGAGCCAACCCGAGGGAGCCCCCAUCCAGCUGCGCGCCCAAGAUUACCAGCACACCAUCGGAGGCCUGGACCCAAGAAAGAAGUAUCAUGUGAAGCUAUUAGCAUUCAGUUUCAUGGGAGAAGGCUACCAGGCAGACCAGACUGUCAGUACACCAGGAUGUGUCUCGGUCCGUGAUCGGAUGGUGCCCCCUCCUCCACCCCCCCACCACCUGUACGCCAAAUCCAACAGCUCAUCUGCGGUGCACCUCCACUGGGGCCGCCCCGCCUUCACCUCGGGCCAGACCGUCAACUACACCAUCCGCUGCAACCCUGUGGGCCUACAGAACGCCUCUCUGGUGCUCUACCUGCAAACUGCCGAGCAGGACUUUCUAGUCCAGGACCUGGAGCCCAACACCAGGUACGAGUUUGCGGUGCGUCUCCACGUCGACCAGCUGUCCAGCCCGUGGAGUCCUGUGGUUUACCAGAGCACUCUUCCUGAGGCGCCCACCCGGCCGCCGUCGGGGGUGAAGGUGACCAUGAUCGAGGACGACACGGCGCUGGUGUCCUGGAAGCAGCCGGAGGAGCCCAACGUGGCGGUGACGCGCUACACCGUCCUGUAUGCCUCGCGCAAGGCCUGGAUCGCUGGGGAGUGGCAGGUGCUGCAGAGGGAAGGGAGCAUCACCAUGGCCCUUCUGGAGAACUUGCAGCCUGGCAGCAUCUACCUGGUGAAGAUCUCGGCAUCCAACGAGGCCGGGGACGGGCCCUUCUCCAACGCCGUGGAGCUGGCGGUGCUGCCGGAUGGCUCCGCGGCAGGGCAGAACCCGCGCCGAUCCAGGGGCUCCACAGAAGCCAAAGCAUUUUCUGAUGCCUUCUACCACCUGGACGAGACGUCGAUGACGGGCAUCAUUGUGGGAGUGAGCAUCGCUUUGGCCUGCAUCGUCAUCUGCGUCCUGAUCCUCGUUUACAGAGGCAAAGCCAGGAAAUCCUCAGCCACUAAGAUGAGAGAAGACAGUGGGGAUGCCCCCCAUGCUGCUGCACCUCAGGCCAAUGGGAACCAGGCAGAGAAUGUGGAGGCUGCGAUGCCAAUGAUGACAGAACGCCAUUUUGUCGAUACGAAGGGUGGAACAGACUUGGUAAUAAAUAGCUUGGGCCCAGUCAGCUCCACCAGCCAGAGGAAGAAGAAAUGGCUGUUCUUCAGUAAGAAAGAGACGCUGAACCUUGGGAAAGGCCAGAGGAGGGGUCCCGGUGCCUGCCCCUAUGAGCCGGGGAGGACGGUGCUGCGGUACGAGGAGGACUCCCCGUCGUCUCCAGGCCAGCCGGCCUCCCUGCAGGUGCUCUUUGGCAGCACCGGCGACGGCGAGGGCUCCAGCGAGGGCAGCCACGAGACGGGCGACUCCGGCCGCUACUCGCACGACGAGACCGAGAUGACGAACCUGUCCUCCGGCCGAAACACGCGGCCCCCCUCCCUCCGGGCGGAGGACAGCGGGGGCUCGGAAGAGUGGCCCGCCCGCGGCGGUGACGAGCCGCACCUGGCCGUGGAGAUCGGAGACGUCGCGGAGACGCUCUGCUGUCACCGGCAACCGGCCUCAGACCCUUCUCAGGCAGAGCUUCCCCUCUAACAGUGUGAGUGCCCAGGUACUCCCCUUCCCCAGUCCCCUACUUGACCUGUUCCAAUGGACAAUGAACGGGAAGCCAAAAAAGGGUUUAUGGAAGAACGGGGCUCUGCCUUUGGGAUCUCUUCUCAUUGUGAAUGUGUUCUAUUUUCUUUCUUUCGUUCUUUCUUUCUUUGCAUUUGUCUGUCUCUUUGGAAGAAAAAAAAAUCUCACCCACCAUGAAUGUUUCAAAAAGAUUGUCAAAAAUGUGAACUUGGAUGUUUCCAUUUCUGACAUUAUUUAAGAGAGUAUAUCACUGGAGCAAGGGGGGUACUCCUCUUUGCUGAUUAUCUACCUCGGUUUACCUCAUAGGAAACUCCAGCUAUAUAUUUAAUAACCUGAGGGAUGUGAUGGGACUCUUCAAUUGAUAUAACAGUUGAUACUUCCUGAUAGCAAUAACUUGUGUUUGCUAAAUAAGAUUUGUGUUGUGUCUGUCUUUGUCUUUUGUUUUGAAGAAAGUGAUUGUAAGGGCACUGCACUACUUUUUUAUUUAAUUUUCAGUGGGUCAUUUUUCUUGAUGUUCUUUAGGUUGGUUCAAGGACAUUAAGGUGAUGGUGUUUUGGUUGUGACCCAUGAAGGGGUUCAUUUUCACGCAGACUAUUUGAGAGCAGGUUUGCCAUUUUUUAAUACUGUUACUUGGGAAUGGGACCAGAGUCAGUGACAAAAUGUGAAUUUUUGGAACUACCUCAAAAAAAUGGUUACAGAUACAGGCACACACAUUUCAUUAUGUAGGUAAGGUCAUUCCAUCCACUUGUGAGCUCAGACAUAUACAAAGAUGUUAGAUGUGGUGAUAGGUGCAGAUGUUGGUGCUCUCCACCAAUAACCUCCAUGUCAUCAUGACAAAAAGACCAUUUGUAUUUUGGAAGUCUUUGGUGAACUCAUAUGAUGUUCACCCCAUGCACACCACGAUAGUUGAGGAAAAAUGAAUAUCAGAAAAUCUGUUUUAUGACCAACUGGAACAAUCCAGAUGUAGAACAGUAUGUGGUAAUUAUUGUUCCUCAACAGUGAGUGAUCUUUCCUAGUACAGCUCCACAAAAUGCACUGACUAACUGACUGCUUGUUUAUCCCACAGAAAGGGUAAUACAUACCACAUACUUUUUAAGGGGAGAGUAACUCAUUUUUUUCAUAAUAUGAAUGUUACAUGCUCAGUGCUCUGUUGUCUGUUUCCAUUGAGAUAUUAAAUUUGUGAAUUCCUUAAGUUAAAGGGUAAAAUAAUGAAAUGCCCAUGCAAGGAUUUUUUUCAGUCAUCAGAAUAUUUAUUUAUGUGUCAUUGCCCUUACAGUCUCUGUUUUAUACUACCUCCUCUUAAUUUGUCAUUAUGUAGUGUUAUUAUUUUCCUAAACUCAGGGAGCAAGGUUUAGUACAUUUUAAAAGCCAUGUAUUUUGUAUUGUUACAUGGUCAACUGACAGGGUAUCCUCUUAGAGCAGAACUGUUUAUUUUAGGAGGUAGUUGUAGAUCUUUAUGAAUGUUUUUUUCUAUAAUUUCUUGCCAGUAAAGGCAAGACAGUCCCGUGUUGCCAAUGUGACUUGAAUUAAGAGAGUUCAAGCCCUUCUCACAUGUAGAAAUUCUUCUUCAGUUGUAAAUUGUUGUUCAGUUGUGUCCGUUUAAUAGCAGGUUUUCAUUUGUGUGUUAUUUUACUUCCAUUUUUGUUUGAUACAGUGAGAACUAACCAAAAAUGUUUGUACUGACAUGUUCUGUACAGCAAACCUUAAAAGCUUUAAAAAUUGGCCUUAAUGUGUAGGCGGUCCCUCAGAUAUCAUGGGAUAGAAUGUAAAUGUCCCAUACCAAAGUGUAAUUGUUCUGAGUCUGACCGUUUUAACACAUGGGGAUGCGAGAAGAGUGUAGAAUGACUGUCGAAAACCAAAAAAUAGUGCAACCAAUGAAAUGGAAGUGGAGAAUGGAAUAUACACCAAAAAAACCUUUUACCUCCAAAGAUAUAUAUUUUUGUCAGCUGACAUGUACUUAUGCUGCUGAGUACACAUGCUUGUCAUAUUUGUUUCUCAGAAUAGUUGAUGCUUUUAUUCUAGAGUAUAAAAAUUUUAGCACUUGUCCUGCAGAUUAGUGUCACCUCUUGGUUUAUGGAUCCCAGCUAACAUGCGACGGUGACCGAUGCUACUAUCCAAAGAAUUGUUUGCUUCCUCAUUUGGUUUUGGUAUUAUAUUUUGGGCGGUCCUGGGAAUAAUAUGAUGAGGGUGUUCCUCAUGCCAGACCAAAGAUCAAAUGCAGGUUCCUGUGGAUCAGCAAAGAUGUUGCUUUUAUAAGAGAUGCCUUACACAUGUGUGCCCCUGUCGUGACCAAAUGAGUCAAAAUGUGCAUGAUAUCUCAGAAAGUGCUGCUUGCAUAUUUGAGUGAUUAAUAACUGACAUGAAUAGAGAAAUAAUAAGGUUCAUGCUCAUUAACCAAAUAGUCCAGCAAUUAGUUUCCUUUAAAGAACCAUUGUG